AUGGAGCAACAACAACAAAAUUCACACGUAGUAUUGCUGCCCUUACCAUCACAAGGGCACUUCACUCCCAUGCUAAGUUUGGCACAGCUGCUCUGCCACGCUGGCAUCCAUGUCACCUUCCUCAUCACCAAGCACAGCCACAGUCUCUUCACCCAGCGCGACGCCCUCUCUGCCCGCUUCCCAACCCUCCACUUCGAGUCUAUCCCUGACGGCCUCCCACCGGACCACGGACGCAAAUUUUCUGCCCUACACGAAGUGGGUGCGUCGCUUAGGUCCACAAUUAAGCCGUUUCUGCGCGAACUGCUCAUCUCCCUAACCAAAAAAGACGACGAGACGUCUAAUGAUGGCUCUACUCGCCGGCGGCUUCCUCCUUUGCGUUGUAUGGUAAUAGAUGGGAUAUUUAUGUGCUUUGCAAUUGAUGUGGCUGAGGAGGUGGGAAUUCCCAUAUUUGCCCUUCGCACAACAAGCGCUUGCAGCUUCUGGUGUUAUACAUGCAUUCCCGACCUCAUUCAACAAGGCCAGCUUCCCUUCCAAGAUGAGGACAUGGAUCAGCCGAUUAGGGAUAUUCCGGGGAUGGAAAGUCUUUUGAGACGUCGAGAUCUACCGAGUUUUUGCAAAAUGCCAAUCGACCAUCCAACUUUUAAAUUUUUCGUGGAGGAGUUUGAGGCCAUUACUCGAGUUUCUGCUCUCAUACUCAACACCUUCGAUGACCUCGAGUCCCCAAUACUCUCCCACAUCGCCACUCGCUUUCCCAAAAUUUACACCUUAGGCCCUUUCCAUGCUCUUCUCAAAUCUCGCAUAGGAAACGAUCUAUCAUCCUCCGCUUCCUCCUUGCGCCACCAAGACCGACGUUGCAUGACUUGGCUCGACUCCCAACAAUUGCGGUCCGUUAUUUUCGUCAGCUUUGGGAGUUUGGUAAAGCUAACACGUGUCCAGUUACUUGAGUUUUGGCACGGUCUAAUCGACAGUGGCAAACCCUUUCUGUGGGUAAUACGGUCGGAUAUGCUUUGGAAUGAGCAAGAAGCGCAUGCAACUUCGGUAAAGUUAGAGGUUGGUACUAAAGAAAAGGGGUUUAUAGCAGAGUGGGUCCCACAAGAAGAGGUACUGGCCCACAAAGCUAUCGGAGGGUUUUUGACCCACAGCGGCUGGAACUCGACGAUUGAGGGCAUUUGGGCUGGAGUUCCAAUGCUUUGUUGGCCUCAAAUAGCAGACCAACCAGUGAAUAGUAGAUGGGUUGGUGAGGGUUGGAAGAUCGGGCUCGAUAUGAAGGACACGUGUGAUAGGUCUACGGUGGAGAAGAUGGUAAGAGCAUUGAUGGAAGAAGGUGAUCGAAGCGCGCAGAUUUUCAAGUCGGUGGAUACGUUUGCAAAGUUGGCUCGCCAUGCAGUUAAUGAAGAUGGCUCUUCAUAUAAAAACCUAGAAAAACUUAUUGAAGACGUAAAAAAAUUGUGA